AUGGUCAGUCCCAGUGGGGAUGACGGUGCAUUCCUUGGGAAGUGUCCCUCUGUCUGGGUCAGUCUGUGGCCUGCAGGGUGGGUACUCAGCUCUGCCUGCCCUACCACACACAGGUGUUGUAAUUUCAUUUCUUCUUUCUCUGCAGCGGAUCGUUGUAAAGAAGUGCAGCAGAUCCGAGAGCAGCAYCCAAACAAAAUCCCGGUCAUCAUCGAACGCUACAAAGGGGAGAAACAGCUGCCAGUGCUGGACAAGACCAAGUUCCUUGUCCCAGACCAUGUCAACAUGAGUGAAUUGGUCAAAAUAAUCCGGCGCCGCUUGCAGCUGAACCCCACCCAGGCGUUCUUCCUGCUGGUGAACCAGCACAGCAUGGUCAGCGUGUCCACCCCCAUCUCAGAGAUCUACGAGCAGGAGAAGGACGAGGAUGGCUUCCUCUAUAUGGUCUAUGCUUCCCAGGAGACCUUUGGCUUCUGAGGGCUGCUGACAGGCGGCAUGUGGAGACAGAUGAACUGUGGCACAGAGGCCCCCGGCCUCAGAAGACAACACAGCCAGAGGCUCACAAGAGGAGGGCUGUGCUGACCCCCUUCCCCUCCCUCCCUCCCUCCCCUGCCAUCGCCCCGUCACCAAAGAGGCUCGUGGCGCGUGUUGGACUCGCACAACCCUUCCUCUCCUGUCGGUCAGUCCCGCUCCCCCAGCCGCCCACCCCGGUGUGUGACCCCCCCGGCCGUGCAGACCCCGCGGGCCCCUGUCCCCUCCGUGUCCCCGCGCUGCUCUCGCUGUGCUGUGUGUGCUGUGCUGCUCCAGACCGCCCAGCACAGGGACAGCCACCUCUCCCCCAGGCACUSGGAAAGGGCAGGAGCUCUGCAGAAGCAGCGAACAGAUGUUACCAUUGCUCCCGAGUUUUAAUUGAUUUUAAUUACACCCAUAUCAGAUUCUUGGUGCUACUGAGUAGAUGUAGGCGUCUCUGUAGGACUGUGGAUAAUGUAUAUCCUUUAGAUUUAUUUUAUUGGUUUGUUUGUUUGGGUUUGUUUGAUUUCUUUUUUUUUAGGGAUAGAUUGGAAUGGGGAGAGGGGGGAAUCUUUCCUGUAUUCUGUAGGUAAAUAAAUCAGGCUUCAUUGCACUUUAAAGCAUAGUAGAUGUCAGAGUGGAAUUUUCUUUUAAUUUAUACAGGUUUGCCAUCUAUAGUGCUGCUCCUCUGUUGACAGUUGUACCUAGAUUGUCUUGUUUCUUUUUUUUUUUCUAAUAAAAUUGAUUUCCCUUC